AUGAUGAAGUGUGGUUUUUGUGAUUGUUUUGGACCAUUUAUUCCAUUUCGUAAAAAAGAUGAAUUGGAUGUGCCUUUGGAUCAAAACACUCUGAACAGAUGUCUGGAACUUGUUCAGGCGCAUGAAGCACGACAAGAUAUGCUGCUGAAGAGUUCGGAACAUCAGCGACCAUUAAUAUCCACUGUAUGCGAAACUUGCGUUCCAUAUGGAAAUGAUAUGAAAAAAUUUCCUCAACCACCGCAUAAACCAAAUUUUUGGCAUGGCACUCCACCACCAUCAUACAGGUUGGUAAAUUGA